GCCAAAUUGUUGUUUAUUUAGAUUUUUAUCUUAUAAUUUUAUAUUUAAAUUCUUAUGUACAUUAUAAAAUUCAAGACAUGUAGACGAUUUCGAAUAAAUAACGUAUAAUUUUUAAAAUAAAAUAUAUACAAAUGUAAUGGGUAACGGACAACCAGGAAGAGUAGGACCAUUCACGGGUGGUCCUUUUAGUGGACCCCAAUUUGGAAAUCAACCUCAAGGUCCGUACUCCGGGCCAGACCGAGGUCAGAUCGAGAGCUUUCCAUAUCAAAAUCCCACUACACCUUUCGUACCAGGAUAUACGGACAAUCGCCAAAACGUGGCAACUCAGUACCCUCAGCAAGAUACCGUCUCUCAAGGACAAGCAGGUUACCAGCAAGGAUAUCGACCACAAGCAUACCAGCAUCAAGCAUACCCACCUAAUGUACAGCAGGAAUUCCAGCCUGGGUAUCCACCGCCAGGGUAUCCGCCGCAAGGAUACCCACAAGCAUAUCCUCAGCAAGGAUAUCCGCAACAAGGAUAUCCUUAUCAACAAUAUCCACAGCUCCAAGUUAUUCGCUGA